GGUAACAACCUAUCAGUAUCAAAAUGACACCGCUUUCGAUUGGAGUGGCACUUCUAUGUGUGGCCGCUUUUGCGUUCCUAAACUACGUCUUCAGCUACUGGAAUCGACGGGGCGUUCAACAGCUUACGCCGUACUUCCCAUUCGGGAACUUCUCGGACCUCUUCCUGGGCAAGGCGUCCUUCCCGAAGAUUUGCGAAACGCUCUACGAACGCACCAAGAAAUGGCGCUUACUUGGAGUAUACAUCCUGCUACGGCCGGUGCUAUUGGUUAACGAUCCCCAACUGGCCAAGGACAUCAUGGUGAAGGACUUCCAGCACUUCCACGAUCGUGGAACGCACGUGGACGAAGAGAACGAUCCCCUGAGUGGACAUCUCUUUUCGCUGGCAGGCGAAAAGUGGAAGCACCUCCGUGCUAAGCUGACUCCGACCUUCACUAGUGGUCGCUUGAAGGGCAUGUUCCAGACCUUGGUCGAUACGGGUGAGGUUCUACAGGAGUACAUCCACAAGUGUGCAAAAAACGAGGAAGUCGUGGAAAUUCGCGAAAUUCUGGCACGUUACAACACCGAUAACAUAGCAUCGGUGGCGUUUGGCAUUAAGAUAGACUCGAUCAACAACCCCAACGAACCGUUCCGCCAGAUUGGACGAAAGUUUUUCGAAUCAAACUUCCGAAACAACAUGCGUUUGAUGAUAACGUUUAUUUUGCCGAAGCUGAACAAAUACUUCAAGAUUAAGUCCGUUGACGCCGAGGUGGAGCAGUUCAUUCUGGGCAUGGCCAAAGAAACGCUCGAAUACCGUGAGAAAAACGGCGUCGUACGGAAAGACAUGAUGCAACUGUUGAUACAGCUUCGGAACACCGGAACCGUAUCGGUCGACGAACGCUGGGACGUGGAAACCUCCACCAAUUACAAGAAGCUCACGAUCGGAGAAGUCGCUGCGCAAGCGCACGUUUUCUUCCUGGCCGGUUUCGAGACAUCGUCGUCGACUAUGUCCUUCUGCCUGUACGAACUGGCCAAGAAUCCGGAAGUUCAGCGCAAGGUGCAAGCAGAAAUAGACUCCGUCACCGCUCUCCACGGCGGAAAACUAACCUACGACAGUAUCAACGAGAUGCGCUACUUGGAAUGCUGCAUCGACGAAACCCUCCGCAAGUACCCUCCGGUUCCGGUCCUGAACCGCGAGUGCACCAAAGACUACAAAGUGCCAGAUUCCGACAUCACCAUCGAAAAAGGAACAGCCGUCAUCCUACAGAUAUCGGCGAUGCACCACGACCCGCAGUACUAUCCGGACCCGAUGCGGUUCGUACCGGAGCGGUUCCUCGAUCCGGAUAUGAAGGGCAAACCUUACGCACCGUUCGGUGAUGGACCGAGGAUUUGCAUUGGGCUGCGCAUGGGUAAAAUACAGACCAAGGUGGGUCUGUGUCUGCUGUUGUCGAAGUUCAACUUUGAACUAUAUGGCCACAAAGAGUCGGAACUGGUGAUGAGUCCGAACAAUUUCCUGAACACACCGGUGAACGGGAUCAAUUUGAAGGUUAGCUGUCGCGUGUAGACUAAUAAUGUUUAUAAAAUAGAAAUAAAUGUGGUAGAAUUUUAGUAGAAA